AUGUCUGAGAAUUACGGCCAAUACCAACAAUCCAUCUAUUCCAAUGGCAUGUUCUCCAACGGCCGCCAGGUCGUCACAACUGACCCGCGCCAAUUGGAAGAACAAGCGCGCAAAGCCCUGAGUCUGCAGUCAUACAGUUACAUAGCUGGCGGAGCCGGAGAGAAGGCGACUAUGGAUAGUAACCGUCUGGCGUUUCGGCAGUGGAAGUUACAGGAUACCGAAGAUGUUGAAGACGAGGUGGAUACCUCAAUCGAACUAUUUGGGGAACAAUACCCCCAUCCAAUCCUGAUGGCACCCAUCGGCGUUCAAGCUCUAGCUCACCGCGACAAAGAGACAGGUCUUGCCGGAGCCUGCGCUGAAGUAGAUGUUCCAUAUAUCCUAAGCACAGCUUCCGGAUCAACCUUUGAGGAUGUAGCCGCCAGUUGCGGAGAUGGCAAGAGAUGGUACCAGCUGUAUUGGCCAAGCGAUAACGAUGUCACUAUCUCUUUACUGAAAAGGGCAAAAGCGAAUGGGUUCACAGCUCUGGUAGUGACUUUAGAUACCUGGACUCUGGCAUGGCGCCCUGCAGAUCUCGACACGGGAUAUCUACCCUUCCUAGCUGGCAUCGGUACAGAAUUCGGUCUGACAGACCCCGUAUUCCGUGCCAAGUUCGAAGCAGAGACCGGCUCAAAAGUUGAGGAUGAACCACUGGGCGCUGCGAGAGCAUGGCUACAAGGCAUUUUCGGCGCAAACCAUAAGUGGGAAGAUGUCGCUUUUCUUCGCAAGAAUUGGGAUGGGCCACUUAUCCUUAAAGGUAUCCAAGAUGUGGAUGACGCGAAAACGGCGCUGAAAUAUGGUUGUGACGGUAUCGUGGUGUCAAAUCAUGGAGGCCGACAACUAGACGGAGCAAUCGGCUCCCUUGAAGUCUUGCCUGAAAUCGUCGAUGCCGUUGGCAAGGAUAUGACCGUCUUAUUCGACUCUGGCAUCCGCACAGGUUCCGAUAUCGUCAAAGCCAUCGCACUCGGCGCAAAAGCGGUUCUCGUUGGUAGACCAGUGAUGUACGGAUAUGGAAUUAAUGGCAAGGAAGGCGCAAAAGAGGUCUUGCAAGGAUUACUGGCUGAUUUCUAUCUGAAUGGCUGGAAGGUACAACCUUUCACUUUUGUGCAUCACAUUGGAUCUCGUUGGGGCGGAUAUUUUGCUGCUGAGGUGGAAGAAUCAGCAGUGAACAAGAAUCGGAAUCAAAUUCUCCACGGCCUUGAGCAAUUGUCUGAGGAAGAGCAGUUGGACGUCCUGGGCAAUGAUCACCCGAACUUCAAGUACACUCUAUAG